AUGCAUCAGUCGCCUGCCCUGUUCGUCUUGCUCCUUAUGGCAGCAGCAGCAGCGAACUGGAGCUGCUUCUUCCUCGUCACCGACGCACGGCAGCUCGAACCAGCCCAUGCAGCCGGUGGGAGCUGCAUAGGGCGCGAGAGGGACGCCUUGCUAGCCUUAAAGCAAGACAUCAGUUACGACCCCGAAGACUACCUUGGGUCGUGGCAAUCAGGGCGCCAGGAUUGCUGCCGUUGGGCCGGUAUUAUGUGCAGUAACACAACCGGCCAUGUCAUCCAGCUUGACCUUGGCGGAACACAUUUAGUCGGCCAGAUAAGUCCUUCCUUGCUAUCUCUUGAGCAACUUGAAUACCUCAGUCUCGAUUAUACGGUUCUUACUGGGCCUAACGGUGGUGUUCCCGAGUUCUUUGGUUCCUUCAAGAACUUGAGACAUCUUGAUCUCUCAUACAUGGGUUUGGUUGGUACAUUGCCUCCGCAGCUUGGGAACCUUUCAAAGCUGGAAUACCUCGACCUCUCCUUCACGAAUUUCAAUUGCACAAUCCCUCCGCAACUUGGGAAUCUUUCCAAGCUAGAAUAUCUCGACCUCUCCUCCUCCAGAAGGAUGUACUCUACAGACAUCUCCUGGCUUACCCGUCUACCUCUGUUGCUGCAUCUUGAUAUGAGUGGAGCUAAUCUUAGUUCAAUUGUUGACUGGGCUCUUGUGGUGAACAUUAUUUCAUCUUUGGAGUACCUCCGUCUUUCAGGCUGCUCCCUUUCAAGUGCAAACCGAUCACUCACACACCUAAAUCUCACAAAUCUUCAAUACCUUGAUCUCUCCACUAACAACUUUGGUCAUCCAAUUGCAUCUGCUUGGUUUUGGAACGUAACAAGCAUUACAGAACUUUACCUCACUGAAACCUCUCUCUAUGGUCCAUUUCCUAAUUCACUAGGAAAUAUGACAUCCCUUCGAGUGCUAUGUUUUGGCUGUGAACUGGCAUCCCUCCGAGAGCUAUCUUUAGGCAGCGAUCCGGAAUAUGUUUACCAAGCCACCAUAACCUGUAACGCGGCAACAAUGACAGUAGACUUGACAAAUCUUUGUGAUUUGGAAACAUUGUGGCUUGAUGCAAGUCUCUCAUCUGGAAACAUUACAAAAUUCAUUGAGAAUUUGCCGCACUGUCCAUCCAACAGAUUGAAAUACUUGAGUUUGAAGAGCAACAAUAUGAUUGGAAUUAUGGCAGACCGAUUGGGUCAGUUAACUAGCUUAACUAUGCUUUGCCUUUCCUACAAUAACAUUACAGGUUCCAUUCCGCUAAGCAUUGGCAAUUUGUCUAAUUUAGGGUUCCUUGACUUUUCUAACAACCAUCUUACUACUAUACCACAAGAACUGGCAAAUUGCACUAGCUUGAAGAAUAUCCAUCUAUCCAAUAACAAUCUUAUUGGACCUAUACCGCUAGGGAUAGGGAGUUGCACCAGAUUAGAGUACCUUGAUCUUUCUUACAAUAGUAUUAUUGGAGCCAUACCACUGGGCCUAGGGAAAUGCACUAGAUUAGAUUCCAUAGAUCUUUCGAACAACCAUCUUACUGGACCUAUACCACUGGAGAUAGCGUCCGUUGUUUCUGCUCCUGUUGGCUCGUCGGCCUCGGCGGUAAGGCAAUCCCCUUUGGAGAAGCAAGCUGAGUUCUUUGAGGUGGCCGUCCAUCCUCUUCAUGAGGCUGUUGCUUCCUUGCACGGCUGGAUGCUAGCGAUUGGGGGUUUUCUGGAGCGAGCGAAAGCUGUGUUGGGUAGGCUCUCCCGGACUCCUGCCGAUCCUUUGGUUCCACCUGAUGUUGGCAAAGUGGGCACGAGCGGAGCGGGCCUUCAUGGUUGUUUCUCUCCUCGUGCUAGGGUGUGCUCGGAGAUCAAGGCUCCGGUCAUGCAGAUCAUGCCUGAGCUCCUGGAGUUGUGUGGUGGUGUGCUUACGCUUCCUCCCGUCGAGGAAGUGAGGCCCGACUCGCGCGAGUUCUCGGAUGUGGUUUCUCCACCGUGUCAGGCACUUGCCUCUGAGAAGUGUGGUGUUGCUGACGCCGCAGUCUCUCCCUCGCCUGAGUCUGGCAGACAGGCGGUUCCUUUUGGUGAUGGGGUUGCUAAGUCUGGAUUGUUGCCAACGGUUCCCGGAGCUGUCGUCGCCAGAGAAGUUUGCGACUUUCUCGCCACAUUGGUUGUUGCCUACCCUGGAUCUGCAGUUGGUUGA